UUGAGGAAAGAGGAUCUGGCUGAGAGACCCGCAGCAUUCACUUGUUGAGGGCUUAUAGCCCAUGCCUGCGUGUGUGUGUUUCAGUUUUAUUCUUUUCCCCUUGCCCCUAGAGCUGUGGAGUACCUGCUGUUGCUCUCAUGCCUCUUGCCAACAGUGGCAUCUGCUCAGUGUAGCCAUCAAGAAUUUGAAUGUCAAUAUCUUUGCCUUGAAAUGAAUGGAAAAGUAUUUGUCACUCAGCAGCAAUCAUUCUUCAAAUAAAAGGUCACUGGAAGGACUGAGCGCAUUCAGGAGCCUGGAGGAACUCAUCUUGGACAACAAUCUGCUGGGGGACGACCUCGUGUUGCCAGGGUUACCCAGACUCCAUACCUUAACCCUCAACAAGAACCGAAUCACUGAUUUGGAGUGUCUGCUGGAUCACUUGGCAGAAGUGACACCAGCUUUGGAGUACCUCAGUCUGCUGGGCAAUGUGGCCUGUCCCAAUGAGCUGGUCAGCUUGGAAAAGGAUGAGGAAGACUACAAGAGAUACAGAUGUUUUGUUCUGCAUAAGCUUCCCAACCUGAAGUUUCUGGAUGCCCAGAAAGUCACCAGACGAGAACGAGAGGAGGCGUUAGUCAGAGGAGCCUUUAUGAAGGUGGUGAAGCCCAAGGUUUCCAGUGAGGAUGUUGCUGCCUCUCCAGAGCGCCACUACACACCCCUGCCUUCUGCUUCCAGGGAACUCACCAGUCAUCGAGUUUAAAUAUUCCAAUGUUGAGAAACCACAGUAUAUUAUCUAUAUUCUGUCACUGUUGAGGAAUGGGGUGACAUGAAUCAAACAUUCUGGUAAAUAAAGAAAUACAGAGAAAAAUGUAGAG